GCCGAGUUCGUAUUUUCUAAUUAAAUCAAGGGUGUUAGUAUUAGAAUUACUAAAUCCUCUAAAGAUUAUUUCACCGGAUGUAGCAGAAUGAAGAUGGUUAGACGGACAAUAGGGAUUCGGUGGAUAUGUAUUUUAGUGAUUGUCUGUCUUCUUAUCGCAUCGUAUGACUGCUCGCCAAGGCGCAAAGGAAAACGAAGGCGUAACAGACAACGACAACAAGAGGCCACGAUAUCUAUAGAUGACCUCCAGGGCCUUGGUAAACCGGACAUGCUUCCAAAUUCCGUCAUGCGCACUGGACAAAAUCAGGGCAUGGGCAGCCGUGGUCAUGCUGGAUUUGGCGGACUGGGGGUAAUACCAGUCAAUGCGCCAACUGUCCGUCAAGCAGAUAACGCCAACGCAUUUCCGAUAUCAGCCCGACAGACAGCUUUAAGGCAGCGUCAACGACAGAAUGAAAAUAGAGGAGGUCGACGACGUAAAUCAAGGCGACAAAUUCGACGUCAACGCGCCAGACGACGGCGCUUAAAGGAGAGAGAAGAACGUCGGAUAUCUGGACGUCGGCGCACAAAAGCUGAACGCAGACGUGCGAGGGGCAGAGGCGGAAUGAGAAAUAGAAUUAGGAGUGCACUUGCAAACAUGCAACUUUCGUAGAACUAAUAAUCAUGAUUACAAUUAUACUUCAAAGGAUGAAUGUGGAUUAAUAUACCAUAGUUGUUGUGUAGGCGCUGUAUCUUUUUACAGCAAGUUAAACAAACACUAGAUGCUUUAAAUGAAUAUACGUGUAAUCUUAUUCAACACUGUAUUGUGUAUAUAAUAAUCAAUUAUUUCAAAAUAAAUGCACAUCGAUAUUAUAGAAUUUGCAAAGAUACAUA